UCUCUAUACCUUGUUCAAACUCAGUUGCACAAGACCCUUCUUUCAUCCCUUCUAAUGGCUUCUACUUCUUCCACUCCUCCCAAUCAGUGGAAGAAAUGGGAUGUUUUUAUUAGUUUUAGAGGCGACGAUACGCGUUAUGGUAUUCUCUCCCAUCUCUCUAAAGCCUUGAAGGACAAACAAAUCAAGACUUUUACGGAUGAAGAGCUUCAUAAAGGAGAAGAGAUCUCACCAGAGCUCUUGAAAAUAAUUCGAGAAUCAAGCGUCUCAAUAGUCAUUUUCUCUGAAAGAUAUGCAGAUUCUUCAUGGUGUUUGGAUGAGCUUGUUGAGAUACUUAAAUGCAAGGAAGAAUCAACACAAAUAGUUCUACCGGUUUUUUACAAAGUAGAUCCAACUCACGUUCGAAGGCUUUCAGGGAAUUUUGGGAAGGCAUUUGCUAUUGCUACGCAUGGGGAAAAAGGCAGUCCACAAAAGGUGGACAACUGGAAGCGUGCUUUGAUGGAAGUAAGCAACUUAUCAGGAUGGGAUUCACAGAAUAUCAAGGAUGAGGCCGAAUUAGUAGAGAAAAUCGUCAAUGAUGUGUUGAAAAAAUUUAGUGAUAUGUCUAAAAGUGAUGAUUCUUAUGAUCCCAAAUUGAUUGGAAUUAAAUCGCGUGUGGAAAAAGUGGAAUGCUUGUUAAAAGAUAAGCAAGUUGUAGGAAUUUUGGGGAUCGGAGGCGUUGGUAAAACAACUAUUGCACUAGAAGUAUUUCGUCGAAACAAAAAUCAAUUUAAUGGUCAUUACUUUGUUGAAAAUGUCAGGGAAACAAUGAUAAAGAAAUCAUCAAAAUCAGCACGAAAAAAAAUAAUUUGUGAAUUAUUAAGGGACAAACAUAUAGAUGAUUUGAAUGAUCAUGUUUGCAAAAGGCUCAAGAGUAUGAAGGUAUUGAUUGUUUUUGAUGAUAUAGAGGAUCGAAACCAUUUAAAAGAUUUAGCAGGAGAGUGUCAUUUGUAUGGUGAGGGAAGUAGAAUCAUCAUAACUAGUAGAAAUUCACUUGGUUUAUCAAAAGAAGGCAUAUAUGAGGUUGAGGAGUUAAUUGAUUCUCAAGCUCUGGAACUCUUUAGCUUACAUGCCUUCGAGCAAAAUCGUCCCAAGGAAGAAUAUAAGGAGCUAUCAAAGAAGGCGACAAUCUAUGUUGGAGGCCAUCCACUAGCUCUUAAAGUUUUGGGAUCUCAUUUAUUUCGUAGGACGAUAGAAGAAUGGGAAAGCGAAUUGGAAAAAUUGAAAGGCAAAUCUCUUAAAAAAAUUGAAGAUGUUUUGAAAAGAAGUUAUGAUGGGCUAGAAAAGAAUGAACAAGAAAUAUUUCUUGAUAUUGCAUGUUUCUUCAAAGGGGAAGAUAAAGAUCAUGUCAAGAGACAAUUAAAAGCAUUUGGUUUCUAUCCAGAAAGUGGAAUACCUCGUCUAAUUGAGAAGUAUCUGAUAACUAUUUCAAACAAUAGGGUAGAUAUGCAUGACUUGCUAGAGCAAAUGGGCAAGGAUAUUGUUAAUGAGGAAUGCAAACAGCCUGGCGGACGCAGCAGGUUGUGGAAUUAUGAAGAUAUUGAUCAUGUAUUGACAACAGAGACGAUCUCGUGA